AUGGGCACCGAUCUCUGCCAGACCUGGGCUCGAAAUGACGAUUGCCAUCAGCCGUCGACGUGCAUCCCGGGAAUCCUUCCCUCCGCCCCUUCCGCCCCUUCCGCCCCUUCCGCCCCUUUCGCCCCUUCCGCCCCCUCCGCCCCGUCCGCGCCCUCCGCCCCGUCCGCCCUCCCGCAGCUUACCAUCAGCCUUCCAUUCGAACGAAACAUCUCAUCAAUGGAUUCAGCUCAUUCGUCCACGCCUUCCGCCCUUUCCGCCGCGAUUGACGGGACCAACGAGGCGGCAUUAGAGGAGGCCAUCUCGUCGGCGCAGACCGCCAUAGCGGGGCUCGUGCAGGCCGUCCACGUGGCGAAGCGCAAGCAGCUCCAGCUCCGCCGGCGAUCGCGGGGAGCCCGAGACGACUUGACCCGCGGCGAUCAACCCCCAGUAACUGCAGUGACUCGCGCCGUGAACAACGGAGCAACCACUCGUCCAAUCCACGCCGCGUAUUCCGCCGCAUAUCCCGCCGCUCUUGGCCUGGCAGGCAGGCCGCCUGCCAGCGCGUCGCCGGCUUCAGCGGCAGCACCCUUCCACGCCGGAGUAUCCGGGUUUGUCCCUGGGUCGAAUGCGGUUCCAGGCGCUUCUGGCCGCUACUUUCUACCACCGCAUUUCAUUUCACACGAUAAUCGCGCCGCGAGCUGCGGCGCCGGUGGCGGCGGCGCGAUGGGUGCUGCUGCUGCUCUAUCAGGAGGCGGCAGCAUGUGGAGCCCCGUGAUUCCCGUACCGCCGGCAUUCGCGGCGGGGUUCCACAUGCUGCCGCCCCCAGGGGUUCCGUUCGCGUCGCCCCCGCUGGCGCCGGCCGCGCUGGCGGCUUUCCGCGGAUUUGGCGGCGCUGCUGCGCCCGCUCCCAGCGGAACUCCUGCCAGCCCCGCGCCUCUAGGGGAGAAACGGCGCCGCGGACGACCGCGCGGGUCAGGCACGGGAAAUAAGCGGAGCAAAACGGCGGCGGCGGCGGUUGUAGGGGGAGAGAAGCCGCAGGUCGCGACUGCGACUGCCACUGGCAGUGGCAGUGGUCGGGCGCUGAGUGUUGGGCGCAAGUCACGCGGCGGCGAAAACCGAGCGAGCAAGCACUGCAAACGCUCCGGGUCUGCUGCGGACAGCGGCAGCGGCAGCGGCAGCGGCGGAUGUGGCAGCGGCGGAGGAGGAAGUGGAAGCGCUGCUGCGGAGAGCACUGACUCUGAGAUCUCUGCGCCAACCAUCACAGCGGCAGAUGUGGCUACCAGUGCGGCCGCAGCAGCGGCUGCGUUGGGCGCGUCCGGCGCGCAGGGCGGCUGGGCGGUGUACAAGGGCGUGCGGCAGCGGCGGUGGGGCAAGUGGGUGACGGAGAUUCGAGAGCCGAGCCGGCGGUCGCGCAUCUGGCUGGGGUCGUUUGACUCGUGGGAGGACGCCGCUCGCGUGUAUGACAUGGCCGCCUGGCUUCUCCGCGGGCCCAAAGCGCAGCUCAACUUCCCCCCGCCGCCUCCGCCGCCCAAGGACAAGCCCUGCCGCCCGGCCGCUACAGCCGCUGCAGGCGAUGCAGUUGGUGCAGGCAAUGACGAUGCUACAGCCGGGAUGACGGAAGGCUCUUCUGACAAGACCCCCCCGGCUCUCCUCCCCGUGCUGAUGCCGGCCGCUACAGCCGACGCGCUGCUGGCGGCGGCCCGUGGGUGCGCCACGUGGCAGGGCGCGGAGGACGCCAUUGCUGAGCUGGCAGCGGUGCUUAAGGCUGUGGAGGGCGUGGGGGGAAUGGUGGAGGUGACUGGUGGGGCGGCUGCUAGAAGGUUCGUGGCUGGAGAGUGGGUCGAGGAGCCGGUUGGUGAUGGUGCAGAGGAGUCUGGAGCGGUGGAGAGCGAUGCUGGGGGGUUGCAGAAGAGCGACCUGGAAGCGGCAUUGAAGCCGCUGCUUGCUGGAGUGGAUGGGGGGAAGAGCAGUGAAUCGGGCAGUGAGAAGAGCACCAGGCCUUGCAAUAGCUUCUCUGGUAGCGACGACGGCGACGACAGCCUGCAGUCGAUUCUAGAGGGCAGCAUUGCAGGUCCCGACGCUGAUGCUGACGUGGAUGGCUCCACCGCUCGCUCCGCAUUCUCCUUCUGGCUGGACGGCGAUUGCGAGCUGGACUGCAUGCCUUCGCUGCUGCAGGAGACACCCCAAACCGACCUGAUGAUGAUGGGGAUGGGAAUGGAUAUGCCGGUGAUGACUGACAUGGGGAUGAUGGAGGAGUAUGAAAGCGAGCUGGCGAUGGAGCAUGGACGCAUGCUCAUGUUGGGCAAUCAUACUGGCUUCUGCGAUGGCGUAGCCAUGAUGGAUGACGCCGUGCCGGCUGUAGCGGCUACAGCCCAGGGUUGCCUGGACUCCUAUGAGGGGCCUGGCGCCGGGGCGUUUCAGCAGCUUUCGGAGUUCACCCUGUGGGAUCUCUAG